AUGCCUAAGGAAAAGUCAACCCGCAAGGCUCCCGAGAAGCGCGUCACCCGCCGCAAGAAGGACCCCAACGCGCCCAAGCGUGGUCUGUCUGCCUACAUGUUCUUUGCCAAUGACAACCGUGACAAGGUUCGCGAGGAGAACCCCGGUAUCAGCUUCGGCCAGGUCGGCAAGCAGCUCGGUGAUAAGUGGAAGGCUCUCAGCGAGGAAGACCGCAAGCCCUACGAUGCCAAGGCUGCCGCUGAUAAGAAGCGCUACGAAGAGGAGAAGGCUGCUUACCUCGCCAAGGGUGACGACGAGGAUGAGGAAGAAUCCUCUUAA